UCGAAAUGCUGGGCCUGGGGGAAAAAUACAAAUUUGGCUCCCACAACUUUCCUUUCAUGUGCCAACCUUUUUUUUUCACACUCAAGAGAACAACCCGCGGUCCCGCAUCCUCCUAAUUCCUCCGCACGGCUCAAAUUUGCGUCAGAUCUAAACGCAACACCGAACUCAACCGAAACUUUCACCUAAAUAAAUAUACUAUAAGUUUCUCUUCAAAACUAAGCAAAAUCAAACCCUAAAAAAUUACCCUCGAGCACAUUUGAUUGUUGUUUCUAUCUCUGUCAAUUCAAACUCUUCAGAUGGCGGUAAUUUGAUUUGAUGCAAUGUUGAUGAAGAAGUGUUAGAUACGAGCUGUUUGUUGUCACAGUCGAUCAGUUUCCAUGGACAAGAAUAAUAAUAAGAACAACAGAACCGAUCUACUUGCUGCUGGUCGUAAAAAGCUACAACAGUUCAGGCAGAAGAAGGAUGGCAAAGGUGGUAAAUCUUCCAGUAAAUCUGGACAUGAUGGGGGAAAGGGUAGUAAAGUUGGUUCUGAUGCUGCAGCUGCAACAUCUAAAAAUGUUUUGGAUAAGGAAGUAUCGAUUUCUGUUGAUAGGGAUGCAGUUGAUUCAUCAGAAUUGCAUCCUGUGAAGGAUUUGUCGCUGUCUAGCGAUAAAGCUGCUACUGGUGGCGAUUUAUCCAAGGAUAGCAACGUAGAAUUAACUUCAGCACCGACCGAAGAGAAUCUGGGGGUGGAUAAUUCCAGAAGCUGUAGCGAACAUGAUCACGAUGUGGAGGUUCCAGUUUCUUUAGAAGGCAGAGAUGCAACUGAUGUCCAUAAGGAUGUUGAACAUGGUGAUUCUGUAGAUGUUGAUUUGUCAUCCCAAGGUGACAGGUUUAGGGAGCAGCAGGUAGCAGAUGUAGGUUGUGCCUUUUCUCUUGAUGUUUACCUGUAUUUGUCCUCAAUCCCACAUGUUCCAAAAAAUUGAUUUAUAAUUGUAAUUUCAUCUUUUUCUGGGUAGGGACCAUGCAGGAAGCUGGCGGAUCAGGGUCAGAACAAAUUGAUGGUAUGUCUGAUAUACAGAUAGAAAAACGGGUCUCUGAUGUUGGUACCAUGAUGGAGGACAAGGAAGUAGAAACUGAAGGUGUUUGUAACAAUCAGUCAGCUGAAGUUUCUUCAAGUUCUAUGAUUGCAGAUGUGGAAAAAGCUCCCGAGAGACAUGUUACUUCUGAGCCUUUGCAAGCAGCAGAAGAGUUGUAUGUUGCAAGUGCUGGACAGCAGGGUGAUCAGAUCCACGAUGUUUAUUUUCCAUCUAGUGAAGAUGCUCGAGCUGAAAAAGGUUGUGAAAAAGAUGACGUGGAAAGCUCUCUUGUUUAUGAGAUUGAGGACAUUCCUAAGUCUCUUGGAAACAAUAUGCUGAAGCUGCCGUUUGGACCAAAUCCAAGCUCAAUUAGCCUUGCACAACUUGCUGAGAUGAUAAAGGGGCUUGAGAAAGAUGAAUUUAGAUUUGUGUGCUGCUUGCGGGAGUCUCCUGCGGAGAAUUUAAGGGGUUCUUCUUGUUUGAAUCCACCUGAAGUUAGUAUUCUUGAAAAUAUAAAAGAACAGCUAUAUCUCACAAGUUUAGCCAAAGAUGCUAAUGAAUUGCAGCUGUACGACCAAUUGGGGAUGGAAAUGCAAAUGCAUAGUCAAAUUCAGAAGUUGGUUGAUGAAUUAUCCAUGAUCAGUGCCUCAUUCUCUGAUGCCCAAGGAAAGAAUGAAAUCCUUUCUAAAGAGCUAGCAGAAUGUAGAUCUGAGCUCCAGGAAUUAAGUUUUGGGAAGGAGGUACUCCAGAAGCAGUUACAAAAUUCAAAGGCAGAACUUGAGGAAUUCAAAGUCAAAGUUGAUGACUUAGAAAAUGAAUUAAAAAUGUCGAGAGAGGAAUUGGCCCAGACUUCAUCAGAGCUUGCUGAUGGCAGAAAUUCUCUGUCAGAUUUGCAAGUUCAAAAUGAAAGUUUGAAUAGCAGAAUUGCAUUGCUGAUGGAAGAGAAAAUGGCAAUUGUUAAGAAUGGGGAAUGUCUUUUGCAGGAAAAUGAGAAGAUGUCUACAGAGUUGGCAAACUGCAAAGCUUUGACUGCAUCAGCUCAGUCUGAACAUGUUAACUUAACUGAAAAUCUUGCAUCACUUGAAGAGGAAAACCGCAAUCUUGUCGAGGAGAAGGAGCGUCUUGUUCAAGAGAAUGGUAAAUUAUCUUUAGACUUGACAGAUCGCAAUGCCAUGGUGCAAGCUCUCCAAGCAGAAAUUUCGGAGUUGAGUGAGAUCAUUGUUGUUGCAAAGGAAGACAACAAAAAGCUGGCAGACGCACAAGUGAAUUUUCCCCUCGUAAAUGAGAAGCUAGCAUUGGAGUUGGCCAACAGUCAGAUAUCAUUAGAAACUUUACAGGCAGAGAUGUCAAGUUUACAUGGAAUUGUGUCUUCAUUAACGAACGAGAGAAAUAAGCUUGCAGAUGAGAAGCAAUAUCUCUUGAGCCAGAAUGAAAAUGGAUCACAUGAGCUGGUAGAGAGUAAAAGUGUACUGGCUGGAUCACAGGCAGACUUGACCAAGGCCACGGGACAACUGCAACAAGCAAGUUCAGCUAUUGAACAACUCAUUCAGGAAAAUGUGCUGCUUAAAACCAAUCUUGAGCUGCAUAUUGCUGAGAUUUCUAACUGUGAGGGUGCUCUUAAUGCAGUGAAACAAUUUGGUGGACUGAAGGUUGCAGACAUAGACAGUUCAUCUCGCGUCUCUAGUACUGAUGAUAGUGAAACUGCCAGUUUGAGGACACAGAAGACCUUAGGCACUGAUGAUGCAGUACAAUUUGGCAAGCUUGUAAAGGAUGACUUCGAUGACCCAUUUGGCUUUGAAUCCUGGAAAAUGCAAUUAAACGAGGGAAGCAAUGUUUUACAGGAAAUUGAUAAUGCUGUUGAUGACAUGCAGUCUCUUUCAGCUUCAUUGUGCAGGUCAAGUUCCAAACAGGCAGCACCUGGUGUAUCAAAACUUAUUCAAGCUUUUGAAACGAAAAGUCACACAGAUGACUCUGAAAUAACUAAGUUGAAUCAAUCUGAAAAUCCACCUUCUGAGGAUCCGUACAUCCUGGCCAAGAAGCAAAUCAAAAAAUUGCAAUUGGUUUUCAAGGAAAUAUUUCUGCAGGCUAUUAAUGCCUGUGCCUUCCUUGAAGGAGAGAGGAAAAAUAGGCUAGCUACUGAAGUUUUGAAUGCAGAGCUUAAAGAUUUCUGCAGCUUCUGGGAGAAUCAUGGAAACAAUUUGGAAGCUGAAAACAUUGAGCUUGUGUUCCUGUGUGAAGCUCUCAAGCAACAUGUUUGUGAAUCCGAAGUAAAUCUCAAGGAGCUUGUAGUUUCAUAUAACAAUCUACAAAAGAAAGAUUCCUCUCUCAAUGCAGAAAAUAAUCAGCUUGCUGUGAAGCUCCGAAACUUUGAUGACACAAUUGCUGAAUUGCACACCCAUCUUGACGAAAUACGCAGGCAUUCGAAGCAAAUGGUUUUUUCUAUAUCUGAUUCAGUGGAAAAUCUUGAAAAAGAAGUUGGUGAUGUGGGUUUGACACUUGAAGGGGACUGGAAGACUUUUUCUACUGAGACUAUUCAGGAAGUUAGGAAGCUAAAUUCUUCCAUUCAGACCAUAUCAUCUGUUACAUUGUCUGCCAACGAAGGAAAUGCCCACCGUAUAAGUAGUGUUAUUACUGCUUCCAUUGAUUUUGCCACCCAAGUAAUUGACAGUUUGCAGAGGCAGCUUUGGACUACUCUGAGUGAUCAUCAUUCUUUGUUUAGUAAGUACACUGAGAUGCAUAAGAAUUUCCAUGACCUGCAAGGCAAUAAUGGAAUACUUGUUGAUGUCUUGGGGAAGACAUACAUGAAAACUGUUGGAACUGAAUCUUUGGUAGAAAAUGAUAAAUUGCUUGAUCCUUUGGAUCCUGGUGUGUUGCAUGCUCUUUUGGAGAAAUUGCCAGAGUUGCUUGAUGAGAGAUUGCAGCUUUUAUCUGAUAAUGAUAUUCUUAAAUCAGAUAUGAAGAAUCUAGUGAGAGACAAUGAUGAAUUGAGAAAGAGAUGUUUACAUCUAGAUGCCAUUAUGAAAAUGUUUAAUACCAUUUCGGAAGAACUUAUCCUUGACAGUGUUAAGAUAAAUCCUAUUGAUCCUCUGCCUGGCCUGGAGGCUUUCGUCAGCAUCCUCACUCAGAAAUUGAAUGAAACUGCAGAGCAGCAUAAAUUGUCCAAGGAGAAUCUUGUCAUGAAGGAGGUGCAGUUUUCUGCUUUACACGGAGAACUGGAUCACUUGAGUUUGUUACUUGUUCAAUAUGAAAAUGAAAAUCUUGUUCUUAAAGAGAGUUGGAGAACGAGCAUCAAGGAUGUUUCAGCUCUUCAAGCAGAGUUACUGGAGAAAGUUAGUGAACUUGAACAGUCAGAGCUGCGUGUUUCAUCCCUCAGGGAGAAGCUUGGUAUUGCUGUAUCCAAGGGCAAAGGGUUGAUUGUCCAACGUGACAGUCUCAAGCAAUCCCUAACUGAGACAUCCAGUCAGCUGGAGAAAUGUUCACAGGAGUUACAGUUAAAAGAUGGAAGAAUAUAUGAACUUGAAGCCAAAUUGAAAACCUAUUCAGAGGCAGGUGAGCGCAUGGAAGCCCUUAAAUCAGAACUUGCAUACAUCCGUAACUCAGCUACUGCAUUGAGAGAGUCAUUUCUUCUUAAGGAUUCUGUGCUCCAGAGAAUUGAGGAGAUAUUGGAAGAUCUUGAACUGCCUGAGAACUUUCACUCUAGUGAUAUUAUUGACAAGGUUCAUUGGUUGGCCAAGUCGAUCACUGGCAAUACUUCUGUUGUUGAUUGGGACCAGAAAAGUUCUGUUGGAGGGUCAUAUUCUGAGAGUGGAUUUGCUGUUGCUGAUGGAUGGAAGGAAGAGACACAGCCAAAUCAAGAUCUAACUGAUGACUUGAAAAGAAAAUUUGAGGAGCUCCAAGGUAAGUUUUAUGGGUUGGCGGAGCAUAAUGAUAUGCUUGAACAAUCUUUAAUUGAAAGGAAUCAACUAGUGCAGCGUUGGGAGGAGAUUCUUGGAAAGAUUGAAGUUCCUUCUCAGUUGAGCUCACUGGAGCCCGAGAACAAAAUUCAAUGGCUAGGACGUGCAUUAUCAGAUACCCAGAGCCAUUGUAGUUCUCUCCAACAGAGGAUAGACUACUUGGACAGUCUUAGUGGCUCAUUAACUGGUGACCUGGAAGAGUCUAAGGUUAGAAUUUCUGAACUUGAAUCAGCUUAUCACUCAGUUAUUGUGGAGAAAGAAGUUCUUCUGAAAAAGUUGGAGACCUUGAACAAUGAUUUUGGUGAAUUCUCAAAAAAGGCAUCGUUUUUGGAGACAGAGAAUGAGAAUUUGCUGAAGGAAAAGAUCUCAUUGCGAAAAGAAUUGGAUCAAAAACUUGUAGAUGAAGAGCACGCCCAGUAUCAUGAUGGUAAGAUCACAAGAUUGCAUGGUCUGAUCCGUGAAGUCCUUCAGGAGUCAGUCGCUGAUGUUCCAGACUUUGCUUCAGACAGUGUAGAAAAUCUGGAACACUUGGUGGAAAAUCUUAUAGAAAAAUACCAAGCACUUCUGGCUGUUGAACAGGUUGAUCCUGUGGAUCUUCAUCAGGACAAGAAUGCCCGUCUUCCUCUUUCCGAAGAGAAAACUAAAGAUUCCGGAGACGGUGAGGAUAUCCUUGCCCUUAACAAAAGGCUUGAGGAUGCUAUUGCUGAAAUCAAUUACUUGAAGGAGGAGAGGGAUAAUUAUUUCAACAGCAAUGUAUCUUUUGUUCGGGAAAUAGAAGCUUUGGAUGCAAAGAAGUUGGAAUUGCAGGAGCUUCUUAAUCACGAGGAGCAGAAAUCAGCUUCUUUAAGAGAAAAGUUAAAUAUUGCUGUCAAAAAGGGCAAGUCUUUGGUGCAGCAGAGAGACAAUAUGAAACAAGUAAUUGAUGAAGCCAAUGCUGAAGUAGACCGCCUAAAAUCUGCUGCCACUCUUCGAGAAAAUGCCAUUGUAGACUAUGAGCAGAAGGUUGAAAACUUGACCAUGAGCCUUGAGAGGCUAAAAGUAACUGAAGGGGAGUGUGCUUACCUGAGAGACAGUUUGUCUGAUACUGAACGCCGCCUAGAAGAAAAAGAACAUUCGUUGGCUCUGAUUAUAGAUUGCUUCAAAGAUUUUCAGGUUGAUCUUGGCUCUGGCAAUCCUUUUGAAACACUUCAAGCAUUUGGAAAAUCCUACCAAAAUUUACUCGUAGCAUUAGAAUGUUCCGAGCAGGAAUCCCGAAAAUCUAAAAGAGCAGCUGAACUACUUCUUGCUGAGUUGAACGAGGUGCAAGAAAGAAAUGAUGCUCUUCAAGAGGAGCUUGUUAACGUUGGCAAUGAGCUGUCAGAACUUUCCAGGGAAAAGGAGUUGUUUGAAGCUGAAAAAUCUGAAGCUCUCCUGCAUCUUGAGAAGCUGUCUGCGGACAGAUUGGAAGAAAGGGAUCAUCUCUUAUCGGAAGUCUUGACAUUAAGGUCUUCUGUUCAUCAACUUCAGAUGGAGAUUUCUGCUAUUGACAGCUCCCUCGCUGAUGUUCUCUUUGAGGAUUUGGAGAUCCUACGGAAUCUGAAUGCCUGCCUGCAAGCAUGCCUAGAGACAACAAAUGAUUCUAUCACGUCUACCAUGCCUGCUGCUGGUGUUUUUUCUGCCUUAAAUAACCCUAAAUUGGAGAAUAAGAUGUUUAUGACAGAAGUUGGCUCACUUAAGGACCGUUUGCAGCGGCACUACUCGUCACGUCAUGAAGAAGCUAGCCAUAUAUAUGAAACGUUAAGGACUGUGUUCACAGAAGUGGUCUCACUGAAGGAGUCACUCGGACCGAAGGACAACGAACUCGUAGUAUUAAAAUCCGUUGUGAAUGAUAAAGAUUCUGAGUUAUUGCUUAUGCAACGUAAUGUAGCUCUGCUAUAUGAAGCUUGCAACAUCUCAAUUGGAGAAAUUGAGAACUUUAACAGUCGAAAAAGUGAGAUCCAUUUCCCUGAUGAACUUCCACAUAGGCAUUUGAAUGCUCAAACCAUAGUUUGGAAAGAUGCUUCUAUGCCAGAAACUGGUCGAUUGUUGGAGGAAAAUGUCAUUAAUGUGAGAGAUCGACUGUUAUCGAUGUUGAGGGAUUUAUUUUCCAAGCAAAAUGCCAUUUUGGAAGAUGGUCAAAAGGAGAUGAAGGCUCUUAUAUUGAACUUGCAAAAAGAACUUCAUGAGAAGGACAUCCAGAGAGAAAGAAUAUGCUCAGAGUUUGCUGAUCAGAUCAAAGAAGCCAAAGCCGAGGCGAUGGCCCACCUGCAAGACCUUCGAUCAGCAAGGACUCAGGCAAAUGAUUUGCAGGUUCAAUUAAGUGUCAACCAGGAGGAGCAUGCUAAGUUGGGAAGAAGAAUUAAAGAAUUAGAAGAUCAAGAAGCUAUGUGUGUAGAACUCACACGGAGAGUCAGCUCACUGUCAGAUGCGCUGGCUGCAAAAGAUCAAGAAAUUGAGGCACUAAUGCAAGCACUCGAUGAGGAGGAAUCACAGAUGGAAGGACUAUCAAAUAAAAUUUUGGAGCUCGAAAAAGAAUUGCAGAAAAAGAAUCAGGACCUGGAAAAGGUUGAUGCUUCUCGGGGAAAGGCUCUGAAAAAGCUUUCUGUGACUGUUAGCAAGUUCGAUGAGCUUCACAACCUGUCAGAGACUCUUCUCUCUGAGGUUGAAAAUCUUCAGUCACAAUUACAAGAUCGGGACCAGGAGAUAUCUUUCUUAAGGCAAGAAGUUACUAGGUGCACCAAUGAAACACUAUCAGCUACUCAGAUGAGUAACAAAAGGCACACUGAUGAAGUCCUCGAAGUGUUAACAUUACUAGACGGAUUGGUUUCACAGUUUCAGGUCCCUGAUAUGUCUCCCGUUGAUGUUGAAGCUAAUCAAGUCAAAAAUUAUGAAGUCAAAUUGCAAAAGAAGAUCUCUUUCAUCUUAUCAGAACUGGAGAAACUGCAGGCAGCAGUUCAAGAUAGAGAUCUACUUUUGGGUGUCGAAAGGAAUAGAGUGGAAGGAUUGAUGCAAAAGGAACUGACUCUUGAAAAUUUACUACUUGAAAAGGAGUCUCAACUGGCUAUCCUUCGGCGUCUUGCUGAGUCAGGACAGGAAACGAGUUCAAGUUCUGAAAUUAUGGAAGUUGAUCCAUUGAUUAAUAAACGGGCAGCACCUGGAACUGUUGCACCACAAGUGCGAGGUGGUCGGAAAAUUAAUAGUGAUCAUGUUGCUAUUGCAAUCGAUAGGGAUCCCCCUAGUCCUAUGGAGGAUGAUGAUGAUGAUAAAGCUCAUGGUUUCAAGUCCCUCACCACAUCAGCAUUUGUCCCCCGGUUUACUAGACCAGUAUCUGAUGUCGUUGAUGGAUUAUGGAUGUCUUGUGACCGGACAUUGAUGCGGCAGCCUACUUUGCGGCUUGGUGUUAUUAUCUAUUGGGCUAUCAUACACACUCUUUUAGCAGCAAUCGUUGUGUGAGGAGCUAGACUGGUUUGUCCUCUUUUCAUUUUCUAGCUCUUCCUUGCUACGUGGAAGCCUGCCACUAGGGGGCCUCUCCUUGCCAUUUUGAAUGAACACAUUAACAUUACAAUUAUUUUGUUUUUCAUUGCAUAAUUUUCCUUUCUCAUUACAUUUGUAUUAUGGUUUUGGUUGAAAUGAUUGCACUCAAAGUUCGUUAAUAGUUUUAAGGAGUUAAAUUCUUUAAUGAUAUAAAUCUUUGGUUGGAUAGGUCAAUGAACAAUUAAUAAUUAUGCUAUGUUUCUUUGCUUGUCAAUCAAUUUUAAAUCUUAAGGCACAGAUGUACUGGGUAUUAUUACCGACGAGGAACAAUAUGAUCCUUGAUAGAGUGGUAUGAGAAUAUGAUCCUUGAUAGACUGGUAAUUGAAGGAAUCAAUAUGAUCCUUGAUAGAGUGGUAUGAGAAUAUUUCUCCAUCAUAUAUCAGGCCGUACAUGAGCUUUAGGCUUAAUUUUUUAUUAAUUUUUUUUUAUUUUUAAUUUUUUGGCAAUUUUAAUGGGAAGUCUUUUUCUUAAGGUUAUGUAUGAACUUUUAUGUAUGCUGUCUUUGAGUAUUUUCUUUGUUAUGCUGAAACUGUACAUUGUUUUCUUUGAUUUUCAGAUAGAGCUACUACUAUGGAGUUGCAUUUGUGAUUUACUGAUAGCGUUUGUGUACAGUGUUAAGCGGUCAUUCAUUCAUUUUUGCUCAAUCUAUUGGCUGUGGUUUCCAAUAUUUUUACGUAAAUCACAGACUUCUUGGAUUGGCAUCACCAUCAAGUUCUUAGCAAUGAUUUAUAGAAUUCAUAAUUUGUCAGGGGACCUCAAUGAAUCGUCGCUGGUCAUGUCCCUUCUGUGAAAUAGCUUUCUUCAGACAGCAAAAUAGUUUAUUGUAUACGAUCAAACAAAUAUGUCUGUUAAUGACAAAAUUUUGUUAGGGACAGAUGGACUGGAACUGUUGAUAUGGUAGAUUGUCACAAAAGUGAUUGUUACAAUGUAAUACUUACACUAAAAGAACUACUAUUGCUAUCUCCACUGCCUCCGUAAAGGGAGAUGUCCAAGGGACGAUUCACAAUCACUACUAGCAGAACUGCUUAAUCGGUGAUUAUUUCUGUUUUCGUUAUAGUCAUUAAAAUCAAACUGGAUAUAUUCACCAUCUCGAAAUAAUCAUUCAAUUUGGGUUUUUGUUCUUUGAACAAAUUGUUCUAUAAUUGAAAAAUUAAAUAGGACAAUUUUUUAGGGAUUGAAGGAUUAUGAACAAGAGUGUUGUUAUUGCCAAAACAAAAAUUACGAUCCAAAAUAUAUUGUUAUUUUUGUGAUAAAAUCCCUAUUCAAGUCAAACCUAAACUUUUUUUGUUUUUUCCCACCCCUUUCACCUUCUCUCUCUCCCUCUACGUGCC